UAAAAAUUAGAAUCCUACGAAGACGAGAGGGAGUCAUCGUUUCCUUGUUGGGUUGGUGCUUUGUGUUAAGCUCCGACAAGGAAGAAAAGAAUCCAAAUCGGAAACACAACACGCACUCAAAAUAGAUUCAUAUACAGAUUAGAUAAGAAGAGAGUGGUAAUGAUGAUGCUCAAGCUGAUGAAGAGAACAAAUUUUUUGUGCUCUUGUUGAGAUGGGUAGAUUUUUAUUAUUGUUAUUAUUAUUCACCAGCUGUAAGUUUCCAUUACCAUUGAGUUUCUGGUUUCACUCGGGAUCCAACUCUACUCUCAUCACCAUCACCAAUUCACCUUCCCUUUUGCGCUUCUCUAAGCGCCCCUCCCGACCAUGAGCCUCGCCCUUAAACCCUCUAUUGGAUCUCCUUCGCAGAUCCUUCGUCAAUUCCCCCACCACAGUUUUAUCUUCAUUUUCUUCUUCAAUUCCCAUGGACCCCACCUCUCGACCUUCUGUCGUCAUCGACAAUGGCACCGGGUAUACUAAAAUGGGUUUUGCGGGAAAUGUAGAGCCGUGUUUUAUUUUACCAACUGUAGUAGCUGUAAACGAUUCUUUUCUCAAUCCAUCUAGAACUUCAAAAGCUAAUUGGCUUGCGCAGCAUAGCGCAGGGGUUAUGGCCGAUCUAGACUUCUUUAUUGGAGAAGAGGCCUUUGCUAAAUCGAGAUCGAGUAGUACCUAUAGUCUUAGCUAUCCAAUCAAACAUGGUCAGGUUGACAAUUGGGAUGCCAUGGAAAGGUACUGGCAGCAGUGUGUAUUCAAUUAUUUGCGAUGUGAUCCAGAGGAUCAUUACUUUCUUUUGACCGAGAGCCCGCUUACUGCACCGGAGAAUCGCGAAUGUACCGGUGAGAUUAUGUUUGAGACGUUUAAUGUUCCUGGUCUUUAUAUUGCGGUCAAUUCGGUGCUUGCUCUAGCAGCUGGGUACACAACAUCCAAGUGUGAGAUGACAGGGGUCGUGGUGGAUGUUGGAGAUGGGGCUACUCAUAUUGUUCCUGUUGCUGAUGGUUAUGUUAUUGGGAGCAGCAUUAGGUCAGUUCCUAUUGCUGGAAAAGAUGUGACUCUCUUUAUCCAGCAGCUCAUGCGGGAAAGAGGAGAGAAUGUGCCACCAGAAGAUUCAUUUGAUGUAGCUCGAAAAGUUAAGGAAAUGUAUUGUUAUACAAGUUCUGAUAUUGUUAAGGAAUAUAACAAGCAUGAUAAAGAACCAGCCAAGUAUAUUAAGCAUUGGAGGGGUAUUAAACCCAAAACAGGGGCACCAUACUCCUGUGAUAUUGGCUAUGAACGAUUUCUUGGCCCUGAGGUUUUCUUUAAUCCAGAGAUUUACAGUAGUGACUUCACCACUCCUCUACCAGUUGUAAUAGACAAGUGUAUUCAGUCUGCACCCAUCGACACAAGGAGGGCUUUGUAUAAGAAUAUAGUGUUGUCUGGGGGAUCGACCAUGUUCAAGGACUUUGGUAGAAGGUUGCAACGGGAUCUGAAGAAGAUUGUAGAUGCACGGGUUCUUGCAUCUGAAGCUAGAUUGAAGGAUGAAGUAAAGACACAACCGGUGGAAGUUAAUGUUGUUAGUCAUCCCAUCCAGAGAUUUGCUGUAUGGUUUGGAGGUUCAGUUCUUGCAUCGACACCUGAAUUUUUUGCGGCUUGCCACACAAAGGCAGAAUACGAGGAAUAUGGAGCAAGCAUAUGCCGCACAAAUCCUGUUUUCAAGGGAAUGUAUUAAUGCAGAUGGUUCAGCAGUAAAUUUUCAGAUGCCACUGCCAAUGCUUCUCGGAAUGGCACCAUUUUUUAUUUCCAUCAGAUGGCUCGAUUCACUUCCCUUGUUAUAUCUCUGUAUGGUGUUGUUCAUCCUAUUAAUGGGAGGUGAGAGGUGGUGUAAAGUAUGGAUGGUUGAUCAAAAUUGCAACAGAGAAGAUGGGUUUCUUGUAUUGAUUCUUUCAUUGGUUACCUCUUUAGGAUGUCAGUUAUUUAUGUUGCUAGAUAGGCCCUGCUUAGGAAACUCUUAGGUAAGCAUAGUCGAGCUGAAAUUUUAGUCUUAAGCUUAGUUAGAUUAUGAUAACCAUAUACUUUUUUCUGUCUUCCAUUUGUUUUGUGAAUGGUUAUGACCCCAUAUAUAUUCAUUCGUUUGCAUGAGUUGGAUAAGUGGAGCAACUGGUUGGAAAUAGAAAUUUGUUCUAAUCCUUUUUCUUUAUAUGGCGAAGGAUUGUAUAUCUAUUAAAUAUUUUCUGCAAGAACGAUCAUUAUCGCAGGGACAGUCUUUGGCCGGGUGAAUGGAUUUGUAUUUAACGGUGCCUUAUUAAUCUGAUAAAACAUUAUUAUUUA